GGAUCGUCGGCUGUCCAUUUUGGCAUCCAAGGAGAUCCGCAGAAAUAAUUACCUGACUAUAUUUCAUACAUCUCGCCUGAGGCGAGAAUCUCAUUGCAUUGGAGGAAAUUGUGUUAUUUGUGCGAUCAGCAUGGAAAUUUUGGAUUAUGCGAACGGCGAAAAGCAGAUGGCUCUCUUAUUGAUUAGUGCGAACUGGGUUCCUGACAUUCCUGCAUAUAUUUUGUUUGCUUUAGCUGUCAAUGUUUUCACUUUCUUGCUUAUAGUUUGCUUCACCCUUGUCUAUUUGGUUGAGAGUGUUGGAAAGGAGUCUGUCUGCUUGCUUUGCAUUGACGUCGAUUUGAUUCGCCUCGCUGGAUUGUUUUUACAGAGCACUUGGAAAAGUGUCAACUGCGAGGCGUGUUCCCUUGAUCUUGGGCUGUUCGGUGUUGUUGGAUUUGUUCUGGUUUGAUUGUGACCGUGGACCCCGUUAGACGAAAGAUACCACCACGGCUCUGAUUUGGAUUUGAGCGUGCAACUGAGAGCGAUCUCCCCAUUACUGUUUCAAAGACUUGGCUA